AUGCCCUCCUCCUACGAAACAAGCUCAGGCCCGAAUCUGUCCGAGAAGCCAGACUUGACUGCCCCAAAUAAUGCUGUUCCUGGCGACAGUAGCCAGACCGGAUCCGUUGAUGUUGAAGAUGUCGGUGAGGUCUUCCAACAAGCCCAAUACCGGGCUCUCGGCUGGAAACGCACAGUCAUCAUCUUGAUGAAGCUGUGUUUCGCGACCGGCGUUUUGACCAUUCCGUCAGCAUUUAGCGCAGUGGGAUAUGGGCCGGGAAUUAUUCUCCUUGUGAGCUGGGGAACCCUCACGACUUAUUACGCCUACGUCAUGUACGCCUUCAGAAUGCGGUAUCCCGGUGUGCACAAUAUCGCCGAUGCCGCUGCCCUAAUGGGUGGCCCCGUGGCUCGCGAAGUCACAGGCGGUCUGUUUCUUUUGACUUGGGUGCUAGCUUCUGGUUCUGGCUUUGUUGGCCUGGCGGAAGGAUUCAAGACACUCUCUAACCGCCCAGUCUGCAACAUCGUUUGGACUCUCGUCGCAGCAACGUGUACUGCACUAAUCUCCAGUAUUCCAACGCUUGGAAGAUUGUCGAUUCUGGCAUGGAUUGGGUUUGCCUCGAUAUUCACGGCCGUAUUCAUUGUGGUAGUUGGCGUUACUCAGGUCGAUAGACCAGCCGCUGCUCCUCAGGAGGGUCCUUAUGAUAUGGAGGUUCACUCCGUUGGUGCUCCUGCGUUUGUUCCUGGGGUAGUUGCCACCAUCAAUCUCUUCGUUGGCUAUGGCUCGACACCUACCUUUAUGCCAGUCAUUGCGGAAAUGAGAAGCCCAAGGUCGUUCACCAAAUCGCUUUUCUCGUCUCAAAUUUUCCUAGGCGCAUGCUACGUCUCUUUUGGGACCGUCGUCUACAUUUAUUGUGGCAAGUAUGUCGCCAGCCCUUCACUGGGGAGCGCAGGCGGAACGUUGGAGAAGAUAGCCUACGGCAUUUCCAUUCCCGGCUUCGUCAUGACUACCACGCUAUGGGUCCAUCUGGCCGCCAAGUUUUUGCUUGUUCGCAUUCUCCGUAACUCGAUUCAUCUGCAGAACAAGAGUUUCGUUCACUGGGCUACAUGGCUUGGAUCAACCUUGGGAAUCAGUGCACUUGCCUUCGUCAUUGCCGAAGCAGUGCCAUUUUUCAGUUACCUGGUUGGUCUCAUCGGCUCUAUCUGCUGCAUGCCAACAUGUCUUAUUAUUCCUGCGUUUAUGGGACUGUACAUGGAUUGGGAAGUGCGGUCCUUGAGUAAAGCAAAGAUGGGUCUGUGUUUAUUGCAUUGCUUCACGGUGGUUUUGGCAUCUUUCAUGACCGUGGCUGGAACGUAUACCACUAUUCAGAGCAUCGUUGAUGCUUACAAAUCCGUGUAA